AUGCGUCUGGCGUCUAUCGCAGUAACAGCUCUCUUCGCCUCCUGCACUUGCGACAACGCGGCACCGAUCGCUGUUGACCCAAAGGCUGCUCUUAAGCGCGACGACAUUAUUGGGGAUCGCGGGACGGAUGGCUAUGCCAUCGAUGCAGACACAAAGAGACUUUUGAGGAAGCCCGAGGCGCACGACGCUUUGGAACAGGUAAACACUGAUGGGGAGAGAGGGACUUUUUCCUUUGCCAAUUGGGGAGGGGCGGUGCCGUGGGUAAAAAGAAGCACGGCUUCCUUUUCGGGCAAAGCAAUGGACGCGACGAUCCGGGCGACGUUGGCGUCUGAAAAGGGGGUCAACGAUUUCACUCGCAAGCACAAGAACUUCUUCAAGUUCCUGAAGCCCAUACAGAAGUGGUUAAACAACAGCCCGAGAUUUCAAAGGUUUAUUAAAUGGGUUGAGGAGCUUGACGAGAAGAUCGACGCUAUCGUAAUUGAUGGCAAAUCGAUAGGAAAGCGCUUCGAGAGUGCUGAGGAGAAUAUGGAGCACAACAUGAAGGCAGGAAAGAAGAUCAAGACUGCAUCGAACGGCGUAGACAACCCCAAAAAGGAUGUCGAGCCACCAGUUGCCAAUGUGAACGGUUGA